AUGGCUCCCCACAAAAACAGCCCCCUGAAAGUAAAAGAAGGGAAGAUCUAUGAACCUGGGCACUGGGACCAGGCCAACACGGAGAAGCAGCGGCUGGAGGAGAAGCAGCGCCUGUCGCGGCGGCGGCGGCGGCUGGAGGCCAACUCGCGGGGCGGCCACUUCAGCGGCCUGGAGGACGCGGAGAAGGAGGCGGAGGUGUACACGCCGCUGUGGUUUGAGAAGAGGCUGGAUCCGCUGACCGGGGAGACGGCCUGCAUGUACAAGGGCGGCUACUGGGAGGCCAAGGAGCGGCAGGACUGGCACAUCUGUAACUGCCUUCUCUUUUUUCCCCAGGUGCUGAACUGCACUGUCAAGAUCAGCUCCUGUCUGGAUGGCAGCUGGAUCUCCAUUCAAAACCUGACCCCCUCAUCCCCCAAAAAUGUCCAGACCCAGCUGUGCUUGGUCCACACCCAGGAUGGAGCCCUGGUCCCUGUGAUUCACAUCAAAUGGACAUUGUCAACAGACGCCAGCUUCCUCUACCUGCGAGGCGCAGAGCUGUCCAUCCUGCAGCUGGACACCAAUGAGCAGCUGUGCGUCAAGUUCGAGUUCCUCUCCAGACUGAAGCACGAUCACCUUCGGUUGAAUUUUUCCUUCAACCAUUUUGUGGUGGAACCUGGCCAGAAGUACGAGGUGAUUGUUCACCACCUGCCCAAGCCCACUCCCUAUGGGGACCCAAACCACCGUUCUACCAGCUUCUCCGUGCCUGGCUGCGAGGACCCCAAGAUGAAGAGGACCACGCCCUGUCUGAGCUUAGGCAGCCUAUGGGACCCCAACAUCACGCUGGAGAUACUGGAGAACCAACAGCUGCAGGUGGGCUUCACCCUGUGGAACGAGUCCACCCACUACCAGAUCCUGCUGGACAGUUUCCUGCACACCGAGGACCACUGCUAUCAGUACACGAACUCCGUCCCUGCGCGGUGCAACGUCACACUCCCGCUCAGCAGCGUUCGUGAGUGCUGCCGCCACCAAGUGAAGAUCCAGCCUUUCUUCCGCAGCUGUCAGAACGACUGCAUCCGAUACGCCAAAAACAUCAGCUGCCCAGAGGCCCGGGCCAUGCCAGACACGAUUGCAGACUCCAUGCCCUUGUGGGCAUACGGGGUCAUCCUGCUGGGGGGCUCCGUCAUCCUGGUCGUCGUCUUCAUGACUCGGAGACUGCCUGGGCCUCCUGAAAAAUGUGAAAACACCGCUGCGUACCCUGACGUCCUGCCCGUGACGGACCCCACCGCCCCAUCCCUGAAGCCGAGGAAGGUCUGGGUCAUCUACUCCGCCGACCACCCCCUCUACGUGGAGGUGGUCCUCAAGUUUGCCCAAUUCCUGCUCGUGGUCUGUGGCACCGAGGUAGCCCUCGACCUGCUGGAGGAACGGGUCAUCUCUGAGGUCGGGGUCAUGACCUGGGUGGGCCGCCAGAAGCAGGAAAUGAUGGACAGCCAAUCCAAGAUCCUCAUCCUGUGCUCCCGAGGCACCCGGGCCAAGUGGCAGGCCAUCCUGGGCUGGCAGGAGCCCGCCGUCCAGCUGCGGUGUGACCGCUCUCAGCCCUCCGGGGACCUUUUCACGGCAGCCAUGAACAUGAUCCUGCCAGACUUCAAGAAGCCAGCCUGCUUCGGCACCUAUAUUGUCUGCUACUUCAGCGGCAUCGGCAGCGAGGGGGAUAUCCCCGACCUGUUCCACAUCACCUCCAGGUACCGGCUCAUGGAGGAAUUUGAGGAGGUUUACUUCCGCAUCCAGGACCUGGAGAUGUUUGAGCCUGGUCAGAUGCACCGGGUCGGGGAGCUCACGGGGGACAACUACCUGCAGAACCCCAGUGGCUGGCAGCUCAGGGAAGCUGUGCAGAGGUUCCGAGAACAUCAGCUGCGGUGCCCGGAUUGGUUUGAGCGCGAGAACCUUUGCUCGGCAGAUGACCAGGACCUUCCAUCCCUGCAUGACGAGCUCCUGGAGGAGCCACCCGUGCCAUCUGGAGGAGGGAUCGUCAAGCUGAAGCCACUGGUGCGGGAACCCUCGCCUGCGGACUCACUGGUGGUAGAUGUGCUCAUCAGCAAGCAAGAAAGAGGCGUCUUGAGGCUGGACCCCCGACUGCAGAAGGAGCUGGUAGCCCAGACCCUGCAAACCCGGGUGCUCCCUGUGGAGCGGGGUGCUCCUGCAGGAGCGGUGCGGCCCCUGUCUCCUGCCACCCCGGGCACCACAGCCAGCCGGCUGGCCCUGGUGGAAGAGGGCGAGGCCUGCCCGCUGUUGCCGCCACCCUGCCCACAGCAAAACAAUGUUCUCUUCCUCCCUGUGGACCCAGAGGCCUUGCCCCCCUGCAGCACCCCGGUGGCUUCGCCGGACCACCUCCCAGAGGAUGUCAGGGGGCAGCUCGCAGGCUUGAUGGUCUCGCUUUUCCAGCAGAGUCUGAGCAGCCAGACCCAGGAGAUCCUUAAAGACCCGCACACGGCCUACGAGGAGGAGCAGAGGCAGUCGGUGCAGUCCGACCAGGGCUACAUCUCCAGGAGCUCCCCGCAGCUCCCAGACGGGCUGACAGAGACGGAGGGGGCCGAGGGAGAGCAGAACCAGGGACAGUCGGCUGAGCAACUCUCUCCCGAGCAACUGGAGAGCCUGCGGAGCCUCCAGCAGCAGCUCUUGUUCCAAGAGCUCCGGAAGAGCUCUGGCUGGGACAGUGUGGAGCUGGAGAGGCUGCCCGUGGAGUGGCAGACCUCCUUAUAGUGGCCGCCCGGCCCAGGGCCUGGAGAGCAGGCUGCGUGCCUGUGCCUGGGUAUCAGCGUGUGUAUGUAUGUAUGUAUAGAUAUAUGUGUGUAUAUAGAUAUAUGUGUGUAUAU